AUGAAAGGCAUCCAGAUCGCCAUCGACCGUGGUGGCACCUUCACCGACGUUCACGCGAUCGUGCCUGGCCGUCCCGACGACAUCGUGAUCAAGCUUCUGUCCGUCGACCCCCAGAACUAUCCCGAUGCGCCCACAGAAGGCAUCCGCCGCGUCCUGGAGCAGGCCCUCGGCCAGCCCGUGCCCCGCGGCCAGCCCAUCGACGUCUCGGCCGUCGCCAGCAUCCGCAUGGGCACGACCGUGGCCACCAACGCCCUGCUCGAGCGCAAGGGCGAGCGCUCGGCGCUGCUCAUCACCAAGGGUUUCCGCGACCUGCUGGUCAUUGGCAACCAGGCCCGCCCAGACAUCUUUGACCUCACCGUCGCCAAGCCCGGCGUCCUCUACGAGAAGGUCGUCGAGAUCGACGAGCGCGUCACCCUCGAGGGCUUCACCGAGGACCCCGAGAAGACGGUCAUCGACCCGGCCAGCGACCCGGCCCUCGUCGUCGGCCUGUCCAAAGAAGUCGUCCGCGUCAUGACCAAGCCCGACCUCGCCGCCGUGCGCACCGUCAUCCAGGGGCUGUACGACGAAGGUUUCCGCAGUCUCAGUGUCUGCUUCAUGCACAGCUACACCUUCCCGGACCACGAGCUGGCCGUCGCCCGCAUCGCCGAGGACAUGGGCAUGAGCGUGUCCGUCAGCUCGCUGCUGCAGCCCAUGAUCAAGAUGGUGCCGCGCGGCCAGUCGGCCACGGCCGACGCCUACCUGACGCCGCUCAUCAAGAAGUACCUCGACAGCUUCCGCCGCGGCUUUGUCGGCGAGCUCGAGGACGCCUCCACCACGCGCUGCGAUGUUAUGCAGAGCGACGGCGGCCUCGUCAGCUUCCGCAAGUUCUCCGGCCUGCGUGCCAUUCUGUCUGGCCCGGCCGGUGGCGUCGUCGGCUAUGCGCAGACGUCCUACGACCCCAGGUCGGCCAAGCCCAUCAUCGGUUUCGACAUGGGCGGCACAUCGACAGACGUUUCUCGGUAUGCUGGCUCGUACGAACACAUCUUCGAGACCACCACAGCCGGCAUCGCUCUCCAAACGCCCCAGCUCGACAUCAACACCGUCGCUGCCGGCGGGGGCUCGCGUCUCUUCUGGUCCAACGGCCUCUUCAAGGUCGGCCCCGAGAGCGCUGGUGCCCACCCAGGUCCCGCCUGCUACCGCAAAGGCGGCCCCCUCACCGUGACCGACGCCAACCUGUUCCUGGGCCGCCUGGUCCCCGAAUACUUCCCCAAGAUCUUUGGCAAGAAUGAGGACCAGCCGCUGGACGUCGAGGUCACACGAACCCUCUUCGAGGAGAUGAAGGCCGAGGUCAACAGCGGCCUGCCCGUGGGCACUGCGAAGCUGACGGCCGAGGAGGUCGCCCUGGGCUUCCUGCGCGUUGCCAACGAGAGCAUGUGCCGUCCCAUCCGCACGCUCACGGAGGCCCGCGGCCACGACGCCGCCCACCACGACCUGGCCGUCUUUGGCGGUGCCGGCGGCCAGCACGCCUGCUCGAUUGCCGCGGCCCUGGGCAUCCGCCGCGUCGUGCUACACCGCUUCAGCUCCAUCCUGUCUGCCUACGGCAUGGCCCUCGCUGACAUUGUUGCCGAUGUGCAGGCGCCGCUGGCCUGUGUGUUCAGCGAGGAUAACCUGCCGCAGAUCAAGGCGACGGCGGCCGAGCUGCGCGUCAAGGCCGAGGCCGAGCUGCUCGACCAGGGCCUCGCCGUCAACGACACCCGCGCCGAGUACGAGCUGUUCCUGCACAUGCACUACGAGGGCUCCGACACGCUCAUCAUGAUCCCGCAGGCGGCCGGCGCCGACCACGAGUGGGCCUUUGCCGACACGUUCAUCGAGCGCCACCGCCAGGAGUUUGGCUUCACCAUGCCGCGCGACGUCUUUGUCGGCGACGUGCGCAUCCGCGCCGUCGGCAAGAGCAGCGCCGGUGCGAGCGCCACCGUCGCCGCCCAGGAGAUGGAGCGCGUCGCGCGCGGACCGGCCUCGGCCUCGGCCGUCCAGAUGGCCAAGCCGGUCUACUUUGAGGGCGGCCUCGGCUGGAAGCAGACCCCCGUGUAUCUCUUGACCUCCCUCCGGGAGGGCGAGCAGGUCGCCGGCCCGGCCAUGAUCAUCGACAACACGCAGACCAUUGUCGUUGCGCCCAACGCCGUGGCGACCGCUCUGGCCGAGCACGUCGUCGUGGACAUUGACGUCGCCGGCACGCGUCAGCAGGGCCCGGCUGCCGCGGGUGGCCCCGUCCUGGACCCUGUGCAACUGUCUGUGUUCGGCCACCGCUUCAUGGGCAUCGCCGAGCAGAUGGGCCGCACGCUGCAGAAGACCAGUGUCAGCACCAACAUCAAGGAGCGCCUCGACUUUUCGUGCGCCCUCUUCUCCGAGGACGGCAAGCUUGUCGCCAACGCGCCGCACGUCCCCGUGCAUCUCGGCAGCAUGCAGUAUGCCGUGCUGUGGCAACACGAGCACUGGAAGGGCCAGCUCAAGGAGGGCGACGUGCUCGUGUCCAACCACCCAAUCUGUGGCGGUACGCACCUGCCCGACAUCACGGUCAUCACGCCAUUCUUCGAGAACGGCAAGAUUGUCUUUUACGUUGCCUCGCGCGGCCACCACGCCGACAUUGGUGGCAUCUCGGCCGGCUCGCUGCCGCCCAACUCCACGGAGCUGUGGCAGGAGGGCGCCGCCAUUGAGUCCGUCAAGCUCGUCGAGGGCGGCGCUUUCAACGAGGCGGCCAUGCGCGAACACCUGCUGGUGCGCCCUGCCCAGUACCCCGGCUGCAGCGGCGCGCGCAACCUGUCCGACAACCUCGCGGAUCUGCGCGCCCAGACGGGCGCCAACCAAAAGGGCAUCCACCUCAUAGGGCAGCUCGUCAAGGAGUACGGCUUGGAGACGGUGCUGUUCUACAUGCGCGCCAUCCAGGACAACGCCGAGAUCGCCGUCCGCCGGCUGCUCAAGGAGACGUUCACGCGCUUCGGCGGCCGGCCGAUGGAGGCAACCGAGUUCAUGGACGACGGCAGCCCCAUCAAGCUCAAGAUCACCAUUGACGGCGACGCCGGCACCGCCGACUUUGACUUUACCGGCACCGGCCCCGAGGUCUACGGCAGCACCAACGCCCCGACCUCCGUCACCUACUCGGCCAUCAUCUACGUGCUCCGCUGCCUGGUCAAGGAGGACAUCCCGCUCAACCAGGGCUGCCUGACCCCCAUCAACGUCAUCAUGCCCCCGCGCACCAUCUUGUCGCCCAGCGCCGAGGCCGCGGUCGUCGGCGGCAAUUGCGUCACCUCGCAGCGCGUCACCGACGUCAUCCUGCGCUGCUUCGACGUCUGCGCGGCCAGCCAGGGCUGCCUCAACAACCUGACGUUUGGCAAGAGCUCACGCCUCGACGCCGACACCGGCACGUACACGCCUGGCUACGGCUACUACGAGACCAUUGCCGGCGGCGCCGGUGCGGGUCCUGGCUGGCACGGCACCGACGGCGUCCACGUGCACAUGACCAACACCCGCAUCACGGACGCCGAGAUCUUUGAGCGCCGCUACCCCUGCCUGGUGCGCGAGUUCAGCCUGCGCCAGGGCAGUGGCGGCGCCGGCGCCUUCCGCGGCGGCGAGGGCUGUGUCCGCGACAUUGAGUUCCGCCAGCCGCUGUCGGCCGCCAUCCUUUCGGACCGCCGCGUGCACCCGCCCUACGGCAUGCGCGGCGGCCAGCCCGGCGCCGUCGGCGUCAACCUCUUUAUCAAGACAAUGCCCAACGGCGAGGACCGCGUCAUCAACCUGGGCCCCAAGAACUCGAUCCAGGCGGCGGUGGGCGACCGCAUGGUCAUCUUGACGCCCGGCGGCGGCGGCUGGGGCCACGCGGCCGACGCUGCAAACCCGGGUGGUGCCGGGUACAGCAACGGCGGCAGCAACGUGGUCGCCGGGGGUGGUGCGCCGUUUGUGCGCGGCACGGGCAGUGUGGCGGCCUUCCAGUCGAUGCAGAACAGCAACUAG